UUAUCGUGCUCGUCAAUGGGAUCGUCAGCAUCAUCAACCUGUGGCACCGAUGGAGUACACCCCUAUUAUAGCCGAAAUCUCACUUUUCCGCGUCACCAAUCAAAUGGUCUUUUUGGUGUAGCCAUUAUUUUAGCAACCAACCCUGGUCCUGCGCUUCAGUGUAGCUAUGCACGUAUUUCCGCGUCAGCGCGUCCACGAAAUGAACUGCCGGCGUUAAUAACUGAAGGGGACUUUCGAUCUCCGCAUGGAAAUAGCUUGGGCUUGGAUAUUAGUGUUGAGAACGGCGCAUGUGCUUUGGACUCUGGAAAUAGUCAUCUUUCAGAUAUGAUGCCGGAUGUGGCCAUGGCCACCGCAUCGUUAGGUCAGCUUCAUUUAUCGAUUAGUACUGGAAAUACUAGCGGCCGUAGCGUCGGCAGCAAUAACGACAUGCCAGAAAGUUUACAAUUAGAUUUGGGGGAUGGUCCAAGCCCUCGCGUAGUUGGAAACGUUCCAAGUGCACUGACCUUGCGAAGUAUACACCACGCUCUGCCACAAAGCAACUAUCACCGCUUCGUGCAGCGCUCUAGUUCGCCAUUUGAUAUGAUGCGUCAUGGACAGUUAUCGCCCACAUCACACCCUCCAAAUCCUGGGUCAUUUAACUCUGGACCACCCAGGUUUUUAUAGAGGUUGCAAGUGGGCCGAGAUCCGGGGCACUUUAUUUUGGCAUGCCUUUCUGAACAAAAAUUAAACUAAAAAUGUAAUUUAACAAUCUAGAUAAAUAAAAU